UUUUCACUCGAAGUUGGAAUUUUGAAGGGAAUGCAUCUAGUGUCGGUGUUGUAGCUUUAAUAUUAAAAAAGGAAUCCUGCUGAUUAAUAUAAAAGUGACAAAUAACUAAUUAAAUCGUUGGGCUGAGGAGAGAAAAAUAUUUUCUUCUCUUACGCAAAAAGCCAAAUAUUUUAGGGAAGAAAAAUGUUAAUUUCGUGGCUUUCUCGUUUAUUGACUGUGCCUGAACCAGCACUACGUCUUCUCUUCUCAGUCUUAAUCUCUUACCCUAUCGUUAUUUGUUACCGCAAUUUUCUUCACAAAAACAGCAGCUUUACGAGGAAUCACACCAAUUUACUAUUUACAAUUUGUGGAAUCACGAUAUGUAUAUUCAAUUACGGAUUUGAAGUCUACCACAGUCUAAUUGCAGUUACUUACACUUACCUAAUCAUCAAUUUACUUUAUAACACGAAGUAUCUGGUGCCGGCAUCAUUUCUUUUUCAUAUGAUUUAUUUAUUGAUGGGCUAUUACAAAACAUCAACGGAAAAUUACGACAUUUGUUGGACGAUGUGUCAUUGUGUGAUGGUGUUACAUCUUAUUGGACUAACAUUCGAUGUAUCGGAUAGUGUUAAAAAUCCCGAAGUGCUCGGACUUGAUGACAAUCGUCCCGUUAAAAUUCCAAACUUAUUGGAAGUGUUUGCAUUCGCAUAUUUUCCGCCAACUGUCAUUAUUGGACCACAAUUUUCAUUCAAACGUUACAGUAACUUUCUUGACGAUAAAUUUGAUGGCAAACAAAAUAUGGAACAUGGAUUUAAGAGAUUCCUCACAGGCGCUUUUUAUUUAGGAUUUUAUCAAUUUCUGACGUUCGUUGUCCCUGACGGAUAUUUUAUGACACCGGAAUUUGAGAAUACAAAUUUCUUCUAUAAAUUAUUGUUGGUGAGCAUUUGGGGGCGUUGUACGCUCUACAAAUAUAUUUCGUGCUGGAUAUUGAGCGAAGGAGCCGCUAUCUGUUGUGGCCUUACAUUUGUAUCACGUGAUGAGAAAACAGGCAUUGAAGAUUGGAGCGGUUGUGCCAACAUAAAACUUCGUGUAUUCGAAGACACUUACAGCUUCGGUGAUUAUGUGGCCUCGUUCAAUGUUCAGACGAACUUGUGGGUUUUCCAAUACAUCUAUAAACGACUCAAAUUUCUCAACAAUAGAAACAUAAGUCACAUUUCAGCGCUUCUAUUUCUUGCUGUUUGGCAUGGAUUUCAUUCGGGAUAUUACAUGACAUUCUUCAUGGAGUUCCUACUCAUUCAUUUUGAAAAAGAGAUCACACCUGUAUUCAAGAAAAAUCCAAAGUUCCAAAGAGUUGCUGAUACAAUUCCUAUUAAAGCUGCGAUCUUUAUCGUUUGUAAACUUUAUACUUUCAUCAUUGCUGGUUAUUGUCUAAUACCGUUCGCUUAUUUGGGAUUCUACAAGUGGUGGAAUAUUUACAAGAAGUUUUACUUUAUUGGUCACAUUGUCAUUUUGCCGAUGAGCAUUGUUUGGAAGCCUCUGAUUGUGAAGGCUGUGAAAAUAUGUUUCCCGCUCGAAAAGAAGCCGGUGGAAGUGACUGCCAAUGAAAAGGAUGAAGCUUUAAAUAACGAUCGAAAUGUCAAUGAGCAUGAAAAGACUAAUUAACGAAGAAAUAAGUAUGAACAAUUUAGAAUAUUUUGGAAAGUUGUUGUGAGUAUAACUUAAUAUGAUUUGGAAAGAUUUCUCUUGCCACAAUCGAGAGAUUAACGACAAUAUAGCAUCAUAUUUAAGAUGAAAAGAAAACACGUAAAAUGAAGGCGAAUUAAACACAAGCAAAAUAGAGUUUUUCCCUUUCAAUCUUAUUCUAUAAAAAAAAUUUAAAUUUGCUUUUAGACGAGAAAAUUAAAUUAGAAAAAAAGAAGAAAAUAAUGAGAAAAAUUCUAGUCUUGGAAAAGAUUAAUUUUCCUGAACUUAUUAAAAGUGAAAAAGCGAGGAAAUCAAUAGUCAAUUAUUGAUUAAUUAUUUAAUUAAGAAUAAGAAUGUUUCAUGGUUUUAUGUAGAAAAUAAUCAUCAGCGAAAAAUAUCUUAAUUUUUAAGGAUUAGAAUUCCUUUUAAGACUUCAGGAUAGAAAAAUUCAGAUUAAAAGUCCUUUAAGAUUAAUUCCAGUUUUAAUCUCGAUUAAAAUUCUUUCAAUUUUUCAUGACUUUCACUUAAUCAAAUUUAUUCAUUCACCUUCCGUAAUAAUAUUUCUCGUAAAAACAGACAAAAUAAUGAAAAUGAACUUUGUUAUCUGUCACUUUGCCUCUCGAUUGCCAUUAAAUUAUUGUAAUAAGUUAAGACCAUUAGCAUGAACGAAGCGAGAAAAUUUUCAAGUCAUUUUUUUUUUAUUAUUCUCUGUCAGAGAUGCUCAGCAAAAUUCAAUGUGAAUUUAUUGUUUUUUUUUUCUUUAUUAUUAUAAUCAGUAAAUUGCUUUCGGAUAUUUUCUGAUUCGUUCAUUGAUAUUGGUACAAAAGUUUGAGUAUUGAGAAAGCAUUACGGCCAAAAAAAAAUAUACGAAAUAAACUGUCAAACAGUUGCUGUAUGGAAAUACUUCGAAUAAUUUUCAUUAACUCAUGGAUUAUUCAAAUGAUAAAGAAAAUUUUCAUAUUUUCCCUCAAGGAAAAAAAAAUCAUUUCAUGAAUUGUUCAACGCUCCUUAAUGAGUUUUUUCUGUAGUUUGUAAUGAUUGUGACGUGUAUUUAUUAAACAUUUAUUUAAAUCGAUUUCUUUCACUUUCAAUACCAAAAUUAAACAGUCGACCCUUUCAUUGUCAUUAAGUCUAAUGUAUUCGAAAGUAUGUAGUUGUUAGUGUUGAAUUAUCUCUGAUGAAUUCUAAUUCUAAAUAGAAAAAAAGCAAAAACAAAUUGAUCGAUUUACGCGUGUUGUGAUUUAUUUGAAUUAAAAACAAAAAGCAUAAAAAAUACGAAAAAAAGCAUAAUAUAAUAAUAAAAAUGUUAAUGUAGAUUUACUCGGAAGAACAUAAUCGAUGGGAAGUUGGUAACCGGAAAGAAUUUUGUUUUUUUUUUGAUGAAUUACAGGAAGUAGCUAUUGGAAAGAAAGACGAGAGUGUUCUUAAAGUAAUUACAAAUAAAUAUAGAAAUAAUAGAGAAACUGUAGACUUUGUUCAUUGCUCCGUUCCAUAAAUACCUAAAUCGGAACGAUUUUCAGUAGAAAUAAAAUUAACAUCGUGUAGUGUACAACUUAGUCGAAUAGCGAUUACCUAAGAAGAUUUAAUCAGAACAUCAUUUGUUAUCUAAGCGAUAAGAAGAAAAUUAAUUAUAUGAACUGCUCAUUGGGAAAGAAACUUUUAUUUCCUUAAUUUUCUUGUAGGGAAAAGUAGAAGAAUUGGUUUUGUGAAUCGAACUUGUAUUUAAUUAAGUACCAAUUGAUAAAGUUUUAAAAGCUUAGAAAUGUUUGAUGAUGGAAAAAGUCAUAGAAAAAGAUUUUUAAUCGUGUGUUAACGACAAGUCAAUUUGGCCUAAAAUUAUUCAACAGAAGAUGGAAAUGAAAAACGAUUUUUAAUUGAAUAUUUUAAUCUCUUCCUUCAACACUUCAAUACUUAAUCAUAUUUAAAUCAAACUUGUUUGGCGGCAAAAUUUGCAGAACUUUUCAUCAUAUCCGAAAUAAGCUCAACGAUAUUUCUAAGAAUAUUUAUAAAAUCUCAUUAAAUGAAUGUCAGUGGGUUAAUUAAUGAUAAUCGCCUUAUUGCUGACAUCACAAAUUCUUUUAUUUCAUUCAGAAAAUUUCGUGUAUAAUGUGACUAAAUCUUAUCUACUCUCUUCCUCUAUCAAUCACUGAGAUCUACCUACUUAAACUUACAUACACCCACACAUAACUCAAAGCUUUUUUGUCUUGACUUCUCACAACUUAACUCAUUUUCACAUAUUUAAAUACAAAUUAUUGCUGAUCUAAGCAAAUGAAAUAUUAAAAUUUUUCACUGACAACAACAAAAGUAUUUCAAUUUUAUUUCAACAGCUAUUAACCCAAAUUUAAUUUGCAAAUUGAAGGAAAAAUUCGAUCAAUUAUUCAAUUUAGAAAAGAAAUUCAAAGAAGCUUUCAAAAACGAGUCAAUAAAAUUAAAUUAAAAUUGUGAUAUAGUUGAAAAGUAAAAAAGAAAUGAGUAAAGUCGUUUAGUUGUAGGAAUUUGAUUGUCACAACUCAAGAUCGUGUUGAAUAAAGACACACAAAAACCUGUAAGCAACUUGAUUUCUCCAAGAUUUUUAUUAAUUUUAGAACACUGAUUGAUAUGAUGAAACUAAUUAAAAUAAUAAGGAAGGAAUAAAAUCAUCUCGUUAAAAAAAGG